UUUUGGAGAAAUUCAUUUGUCCACGUCGUCUUUGAACGCAAAUGUGGAUUGCCAAAAGCACAAAUAUAUCAACUAGUUUGAAAAACAACUUUGUUAUAAGAAAUAUUUCGACUAUUUCCGGUUUGUUUCAGCAGGUAUCUGACGUAUCUUCUACUUGGAAAGGAACAAGCGAAACAACUCCAAAUAUUUUCUCUAUAUCAGAACAAGUUGCAAAGAGUGAAGCAAAAACAGUAACAGAAUUGUAUCAAAGUUUGGCAGCUACCGGCACAAUACAAGAAGACCCCGGACAACUACGGUCUGCGGCAGAAUUUGACCGAUUACUAAAACAAGUAGGUGACUUUGAAGAAAGAAAUUUUCUUGUGAAGAAAACCAGAAAGGAAUUUUUCGUAAAUAGGAUUGGCAGUUUCUUUCCUUUUCUGAAAAGCAAAACAAAAGUCACUUCUCCUAAAGGAAUUUACAUUUACGGAGGCGUUGGAAGUGGAAAAACUUUUCUUAUGGAUAUGUUUUAUCAAUUGACUCCCGGAAAGUUCAAGUAUAGAAUGCAUUUUCAGGAUUUCAUGAUGAGUGUUCAUAAGAGAAUUCACCAAUUUAGAGUACAUUCUCAAAAUCAUGGCAGCGAUCCAAUUCCACCAGUUGCAGCCCAAGUAGCUUCGGAGUGCUGGCUAUUAUGUCUUGAUGAAUUUCAGGUGACAGACGUUGCGGAUGCUCUCGUGCUUCGUCGUUUGGGUGAAGAACUAUUUUCACGCGGACUCAUUUUGGUGACUACUUCGAAUCGUGCUCCAGAAGAACUUUACUGGAAUGGAAUUCAAAGAGAACUAUUUUUGCCAUUUAUACCACUUUUGUAUGACUAUUGCCGGGUGCUUCACGCUUCCUCUCAAACGGAUUAUCGUAUGCAGAUGAUUCUUCGUGACGUUUCAAAUUCUCGCCAAAGGCAUGGCAUCGUAUUUUACGUUUGUCAAGAAGAAGAAAAGAGAAAACGUCAAAUGGAUAAGAUAUUUCUUGCACUUUCUGGUGACUCCACGGAAAAACCAGUAACCUUGGAUGUUUUUUCACGUAAGCUCGUUAUCAAAAGGACUGGUAAAGGCAUUGCAAGGUUUUCCUUUUCUGAGCUUUGUGAUGAGGCCUUAUCAGCAGCUGACUUUGUCGUUUUGGCCGAAACAUUUCGCUCUGUCUUGAUUGAGGAUAUUCCAGAAAUCAAACUAUUUACGGAAAGAAAUAGAGCCCGCCGAUUUAUUAAUUUGAUAGAUGCGCUUUAUGAUCAUUGUACCAAAUUAUUUUGUUCCUCUACCGUGGAAUUGGAUAACUUGUUUUCAAAGGAAGACUUGGAUUUUUCCAAAGGACUAGAACCCGAAGAAUUUUUUGCAUCGGAGCGAACUUUAUCGAGAUUGAGUGAAAUGCAAACGGAAGCUUAUCUCAAAAAGCCACAUAUUGGGAGAAGACAAAAUGAAGACUAUUCUGUUCAUUUAUCAGAUUGAAGCUUUUCAUACUGAAUUGGUUUUGGAAGAUUUAAUUUAUUUGGAAACUUUUCGUCGUCUUAUGUGGAUGAUAACACAAGAGUAAAAACUGCCAGUGAAUAAUAUACAAAUGAAAACAACCCUACGUAUAGAAGUCAAUUAAGGAACAAGCUAUAAUCAUAGACAAGUGCUCUCGCUGAAACAUGAACUUUGGAAAACAAACUCUUUCUUGGCAGCAAUAUCAGUGACUGAAAUAAAAUAAUUGUAUGACUA